CAAGGAGGAUGUAUAGCUGAUAUAGGAUCUUGUGAAACAGGAUUUGAUUCUGCAAGCGGUUCGGUACGAACGAAGAAAUUUCAAACAAAAGGAUCGGAACUCGCUGAUAGGAAAGGAGAGAAAAACAAAGCAAUGCCAAGAGUUCUGUCAAUCCGCUGUUCAUCGAUAGACGAAGCUCUCUCUUUAUCAUCUCAUGCCAGAUGCAACAAAGGAUGAGUCCUUUUUACUUCUCGCGAACCACGGGAGCGCCAGGAGCCCAAAGGAGCAAAGCUCAUUUGACUUUCAGGGUAAAGCGGCGCAUAAAAAAGGGCUGGCCCGUCAAAAGUCUGGUUCCUCCGCCAACGAAGUUCAGAAUCAACAAGGGUUCGGAGAACGAAGGGAGUGCACAACAGGGGCGCAGACCCACUUUUUUGGUCGUAACGAGGGAGAUCUCGAAUGGGGUUCUUCACGAAGUUCGAAAGAAAGGAAUAAAAAAGAGUUUCUCUAUGGCCUCCUCGUUUUGAGACAUUAUGGCUUUGGGGGCAACCCCGGUAACAAAGAAGGAAUCCAUAAACACUUGGGAUCCGACACCAUGAUAAAAUACUACCCUCAUGAUUAGACCAUGUCCCUGAGAUUUGAUAAAAGAAAGGUGCAUUCGCGGUUAAUACGUUGGAAUUGGAUAAGUUAUUAGGAAUUUGACGGAAUGAAAGACCAAAGAAAGAAAGAAGAAUACACCAAAAUGCAGGUGCUGCACCAAACGCUGGUGGUUCUUUCUUGUUGUAAGUGAAUCCAACGAAAAGACCGGGAAAUAACGAAUAAUGAAACAAUUCAUAUAUUGACAUUUCGUGCUCAUUUCUGCUUUCUUAUUCCCAUCAUCCGGUAACCACAAGAUGAUCCACAAGAAAGGUGGCAGGAUUCGAACCUAUGGCCGCGCCUCUUCGCCCGUAGGGUCUCAGGUCUUCGCCCCUGACCUGCUCGGUUGGGUGGCCGGGUUAGCACCCCUCCUCACCUCUGUACCCGAAACAGAUGCGCUGCGCUAACCAGCGCGUAACCUUCUUUACCCUACCCCUCUUGAGGUUAUGCCAUUACCAAUCGCGGGGAACCCCAGGGCCGGCUGCUGCCCCUGACCUAAUAAGAACCAUUAUCCUUAUGACCAAACAAGGACCAGCUUACUUACUUCUCGAGCGAGAGUUCCACGAUCCCGACCAGAAACUUGUUGGCAGUAGGGGCA